GUUGCUAGUCUGCUAUUCUCCGCGAAGCGUUCGGCUUUCUCGAGAACUAUGGAUUUCUCGCCGGCGUGCAACGAGGCUUCGACCGGUACUUUUCUGAAUGAAGUUGGUGAUUUGUUCUCUGAAAGGCGAGACGAGCUGGAAGAACUCUGUUUUGAGUCGUGCAAGAAAACCUGGGCAGCAGCGCUGAAGAGCCUCAGGCCAUGCGCGAGAGCAAUCUGUAAACAUGAAAUCACGGAGGAAGAAGAACAAGAAGAAGAGGAGGAACGCUAUGCUACCGACCCAAUCGCUUCUUUGCGAAAGAAGUUAUCUUCUUCACGACUGAGUUCGCACACACAAAGUACUUCGAAAUCAUUGAAUGGAGGGGCAUCGGACCUUCACUACCGAAACUCGUAUGGUAUCGAUAUACCGGAUGGAUCAUAUGUAGGCUCUGGAAUCGCAUCGAGUUCAACAACCUCAUCUCAUGCGGUAGUGAUCGGCGGCGCAUCGAGUAUGACUGCGAAAUGGUCGGCGGACGAGACAAGUGCCAGUUCGAUAAGCAACACACAACCGACUUCCACUGGAAGAACAGAGUGCAGAAGAUGCGAAGCUCACAAAGCAAGCACGUUUCCAUUCGUUUCGGAUGUCGCGCCACUGGCCAUCCUCAUGUUCCUCGAAGCUAUCCAAAACCACAAUGAACUGGCCUUUAACCCGAUGUCGCCGGCCUAUAUCCCACAUCGACCAAAGUACCUCAGCAACGGUUGGUCUUUUCGAGUAACGCACGUACCUUGGGAGCAAGUUCGCGCGGACACGGAUGGGCGGGUUGUGAACGAUGCUGUCUACAAACGACUCAACCGAACAGCAUCACGGGGAGCCUGGCUGGACUUCAUGAAGGAUGUGGUCGUCACACAUCAUAUGACUUACCAUGUACCAAAUGCGCACAAGCGGAACAUUGUUCAGCUUGUUGCCCUGGGUUGGGAACGUGUGCUCGAUGAUGUGAUAGGCGAACCCACUUUAGCACCUGUCAUCGCACUCGAGUAUGCGUCGUACGGCACCUUACAAGAUCUGUACUAUUCGUCCGAAUUUUUGUCUUCGUACAGCAAGAAGGUCCAGAUUCUCGCGGACGUGGCAGAUGGUCUGCAAGCAUUGCAUUAUUCCAACAUCGUGCACGGCGACGUCAAACCUGCCAACAUCCUUAUUUGUAAGGACAAGAAUGGGGGUGUCAUAGCCAAACUGUCCGACUUCGGUCUUUCCGUAAUCGAUCCAUCAGCUGGCCCGGAGUAUCAGCGUAUGCCUGGAGGGACAGCCGAGUAUCUUGCGCCCGAAGCGCAUCGCGAGAUUCCAAGAGAGCACCUCAUCCACACUGACGUGUAUUCCUUCGGCAUCGUUGUCUGGCAGACAAUGCUUGGUGGCAUUAUGCCGUUCUUCUCUCCCAAGUAUGCGAGCGGUGAAUUACUUUCCACACUAGACAUCAAGAAGCUGAAGUGUGGACAACAUGCCGGGCUUUUGGAAGCAUAUGGUGUAACCAUGCAUCCAGAUGAGUUUCAAAUGAUCAACGAGGGAGAGGAGCUCGAAGACGAGCAGUACGACCCGCCUGAAGAUCGCGUCAACGAUCUUCUUGUAGCCAUGAUGCAUGAUAACAUUACACCUCUAUGUCGCCCGGACAAUGAUGGUAGACAUGCAAAUGGCAUUCCAGUGUCCGAACUAGGAGUGUUGACCUCGAUUAUCCAGAUCUGUCUAAGCAGUUGCCCACUUCAUCGACGGAUACAGAGUAUUCUUGUACUUCUAGGCCGUAAGUUAGCAGAUGGCGAGAUGGUCAUAUCAAAGAUCCGCUGGGAAAGCAAAGUUGAUCUCGCAUUGACGACAAAUCUCCGCUACCAAAAGUCCCCUGCUCGUGCUAGGGAAUUGUAUUCUACGAUAUUCGAGCAAUUUUUUGUCACGCUCCAAAAGAAGCAUGAGUGGGAGAUGGAGGAACUGAACCGUUGGGAUGGGAUAAUAGCAAAACAUGUCGGCGCUGCACUGGUGGACUUCUACCUAGCGAAGUAUCUUGAGGGCGAUCGGUCAGAGGAGACCCGAAGACUGACAUUAUCCUAUCUCUCCUUGUCCACCUCGCUAGGUAACUCUCCCCUCUGCGUGGCUGGAUUAGGCCUACACCAACUGCUCCAAAGCCCGAUGGAGUACUUCGAAUUCUACACGGUGAACACAGCAGCUGCGCUUUGGUGCGGCGACACUACAUUCUGGAACGUACCUCACCCCGAUAUCGAAGAAUACCAUAAAAAGCUUACCAAAGGACACAUCGUGACCAUGCAGCAGAACCUCGACGAGACGCAAAACCAGAUCUGCGCAUCCAUCAUCACUGGUCUCGAUCUUGGUCCUUUCGAUAUCAACUACCAAGACGAAGUGGGAUGCACCGUCCUUCAUCUAGCCACACAAUCAGGGAAUCCAGUCCUCAUGUCUCAAUUGAUCGACGACCACGGUGCAUCGGCUGAUGUAGAGGACGAGGACGAGGAGCAGCCAAUUCACUGGGUUCACUGCAUCUUACCGUCUCAACCAGAAUCUGUGGAGAUAGGUACAUAUCUGCUAGUCCAAGCAGGUGCAGAUGUUGAUGCAUUUGCCACACCUCGCGAGGGAGGUUAUUUCAAAUCGACAAGCAACGUCUACCUCUACCCUACGCCCUUACUACGUGCCGUUGCGUGCCGAAAUUAUCCUGCUGUUAAAGCGUUGGUACGGUGUCGCGCCGCCGUGGGCAUGACAACUGACGCCUACAUCGAGAUGGGUAUAUGCCCUCUGACGGUAGCCUGCUCAAUGUUGGAGUAUGAAUCUCUCGACAUCAUGUUCCAAGUAUGGGAUACUGAGCAAGAUCCAAGAGAUCCCGAAAACAAAGAGGUUCGAGACUUCUGGGAACAGGCUAUUGGUGGAGGGUUGGAUCCGAUUGAUCGGAUCAGACUACACGGACAUAAUUAUCCGCAUCGAGUGCGGAGGACUUUGGCGGUAUUGACGCACCAUCUUGGACGUGCAUGGCUGGUUCGAUUCGCGAAGGCGAGUCUACUCUUUGCUGUUGAGUGUGGCGAUCUUGUGUGGGUGGAGGCACUUCUCGAAGAUCUGUACAAAGAUCCAGGAUUGGCUGUGCUCGCCGACUUGCAGACAAGUAUUCACACAGCGGUGGCAUGCGGAUAUACGAACAUCGCAGCGAAGCUCAUGGAAUACGGAGCCCUGCCAUUGCUCCCGCUCCAGUGGUCAGACCACAACUAUACCGUUGGACGACAUGGGCAAUGGAAUGAAGAGUUGGUUGACCGCCUUGUCAACGAGAUGUACCGCAAGAGCGAGAUAUGUGCCCAGACCACAUGUUGCUUACAUUUCUUGGCAAGAGGAGGUGCGAACAGUCUAGAUAUUGCGAAAAGCAUACUGGGCAAACCGGUUGCCAACCUGUCACUGAAGCCGCUGGCACCUGACUUCGUGACCAAGGUCAUCGAAGGUAAAUGGCCCCGACUGGACCGUCCGGAUGAAGAACAUCGAACGCCUUUGUACGAAGCCAUGGCGUAUUCCGAGUUUGCUCUUGCGCAGCAUCUGAUAGAUGAAGGUGCAUCAUACGCAGUCAGGGAGUGGUCAUUGCUCGAGCAAUUGUUCGAAGACGCACGCUCUUCUCUCCCUCAACAGAUCGAGUUUCUGGCCAAGCAGGGAAAGAAACCUGCGUUUAAAAUGCAGAAACGCGUCUUCGGGAGGCUGAAUGAGCAUCGCGACCCGUUUCUUCAUCCAGAACCAGAGCUUGAGAAUUGGAAGCUUGAGCAACAUACCAUCGUCACUGCGCUGGCAGACGCCUGCAGUGGCUUCGAUGAAGCCAAUAAGAGGAGAUGCUGGCGGGCAGUGCUCAAGAUUUACAAUUCGACGCAAUCCAUUCUUGCGAAAGCCGAGGACGGGAGAAAUGCAAUGGAAAUUGCCAUCGAUGCAGUAGAUUUGACUACAGUUGAAAUACUGACCAGCGCCUUAAGGAAGCUUAGCGCUGGCCCCGAGUGCUUUGACGGAUUCUUUGAAAGAGCGAGGACACAUAUGUUUCAAUCCCCGCCAGCACGUAUAGCGGAUGAUGUUAGGAAAACAGAAGUCAUUCGCUAUCGACUCACGCUGGGUAAGAUCAUGAAGGAACUCCGCGAACUCGGAGACCAGGGCUUGCCAGAGGGACUUCCAGAAGAUGCGAGCAAAAAGCUGCUCGAGAACAUUGCGAAUGAGUUCCCAAUCCUGGCCACCGGUUUCCAACAGCGUGGUGUUAGGAACGAAUCCAUCAGAGAGUUCAAAGCCAAGACGAAGGAUUUCAUAAAUUCGUUCUUGCUUGCCCUAACAUCUAGACAAGACAAGUAUAAAUGGAUAGACACAAUCUACACGCUAGAAGAUGGUUUGGACAAACAGUUCAGGAAAUUCUUUAUCGUGUCUAUUCGGGAGAAAGAAGCCGGGAGCAUACGGUCCGUUCAAAUUGACCUCACAGCAAGAAUUGGCCUACGAGCCUCCAGCACCGGUCGCAUUGGAACGACAUCCCCGCACACUAAUGUCUCUGUCGUUCCAAGGUCUCCAUCUCCUGUAAUACACUACAUCGCAUACCGACAAAUGGUCAUAGCAAACCAACGCAUAACCGAUCCAUCAAACACUCUCCCGUUGCCAGAGAUCCCGAACGCACCACUGGUAAUACCGUCCAUGAAAUCCUUUUACGAAGGAAAGCCUCCAGAAGCGACUGCUUUGGUAACGCCAGUCGAGAUAGCUGUCUUCUCAAAUCUGCGCUCCAAAGUCCCCAACCGACAAAUUACCCUCCUCCAACGCCAGGACCGAGACACCCCGAAAUACUAUCAUACACAUCAAUCGCCCUCCCCAGCAGAUAUCAAACUCGGGAUCCAGCUUGGCAAGUCGGACUAUUUUGCGAAGGUUGUGAAAGUCCGGAAUCCCUCUGCAAGAGACACAUUGCAGCACGAACAAGUUAGAUCCGCGUCAAAUUUGGUUGUGACUCAUGCGGAAAACAUGGCUGAAGCACGCCUGGCAUUGGCAAACAUUAGCGACGACGAUCUCCAUCCUUUGUUUGGAAAGAUGAAGUUGGUGCUUGGCGGGGAACAGAGGGGCAAGGUGGUUUAUAGCGACCUGCCGAUUCAGGCUUACAUCGACAUUCGAUGA